CGUGUUGAGGUUUCGUCAGCUAUCAAUCUGUUGGGUCUGAUGCAACUUCCCAAACAAGCGAAGUGUUCAACACGCUCUACUACUUCACUCUCUAUCUUUAAGCUAGGAGUCAAUGUAAUCCUGUAGCAUCAUCUUACAUUUGGUGGGAGACAGGUUAGAGCUGAGAAAACCUAGCUUUAUUUAUUGGAUAGAUAUAAAACGCUUGCACUAGAGUUUUGCCAUCUAAAGUAGGAGAAAAGAAUAUACAGUUUUUUGAUCUGCUUAUUGUUUUUUGUAUGUACGAAAUGCUGAAGUACAAUUAAUGGAGUGUUUUUAUAUUUGAGAUAGCGACAAACCCCGGAUCCAAAUUUUCAAUUGCAUCCACUAAUUAAUAAUCGGGUUCAUCCCUAUUUCGUUUUUGAUGUGGUGUUCAAACAAAGAAAACAUGGUAUUCAGGAUUUCAAACUAGACGAAUUGUUACGCGGUAAUGAACUGUGGUAAAUAGAUCUGCGGGCUAAGAUGCAAUAUAUACUCUAAUCGUCUUUGUGUCUGUUAGAUUGUGUAGGCGGUUGAAUUGGUUUAAAAUCUCAAGCUCUUUUGUUUUUCAUUGGUUGCAUUAAUGCAUUCGUGAUAGUAACUUGCGAAACAGUGCAUAGAAACCGCUUUUCACAUAUCUGAAAAUGAAACUGGUGAGGUUCCGGACCUACAAGCAUUGUUCGAAUCCCAAACUCAGAAAAAGCCGAGUAUUUCCAGAAGUGAACCCACCGAAGAAGCUAAAUCAAUGGCGGAGGCACUGAAAAACCAAGGUAACCAAUGCAUGAAACAAGAAAAGUUUGAAGAGGCUGUAGCUUGCUACAGUAAGGCCAUCGAACUGUCACCCUUCAAUGCUGUCUUUUACUGCAACAGAGCUGCUGCACAUUCUCGAUUAGAUCAUCAUCAGGAUGCCAUCAGUGAUUGUUUAAAAGCAUUGGAAAUUGAUCCAAAUUACAGUAAAGCAUAUGGUCGAAUGGGAAUUGCCUACUCAAGUAUUGGUAACCACGCCAAAGCCGUCGAAUGUUAUCGAAAAGGCUUGGAACUUGAUCCAAACAAUGAAAAUUGCCAACAGAACUUAUCUAUUGCGGAAGAAAAAUUAAAGAAUACACCGGAUAAUUCUCAAAGUUCAGGGUUAUUUGGCGGCUUUGAUCUUAAUUCUAUUUUAAAUAAUCCAAUGAUGCAAAAUAUGGCUCGUCAAUUCAUGAGUGAUCCGAAUGCCCAAAGCAUGAUGACAAAUUUAAUGCGCAAUACAUUUGGUGUGGCAGAUAGCUCAAACAGAGAUAAUCCAACCACCAAUAACGUUUCUAACAACUGUUCCACUGAACCAGCACAGCCAAGUGAGCCAUCCACUCAGGUUGGUGGUGAACAAAACAUGGAUGAAUUCUUACGCCUUGGUCACCAAUUGGCCCAACAACUGCAAGCAUCAAAUCCUCAACUUGUAAAUCAUUUACGCCAGACAUUUCUUUCCAGUGUUGUCGGACAAAAUACGAAUCCUGAAAGUAAUGACAACGACAGUUCAAGUACCAAAUAAGUGGUGUCUUAAUUAGAAGCUCAGUUAUUAUGUCACUUGACUGUGUAUUCCAUUGAAAUUAUGCUUGGACUCCUUUUCAUUUUCGUUCCUUAUCUCUAUGUGGUCUUGUUUUCUAUGAACAAAGUAAGAAGAAAAUGAUGGUAAAACAACUGUGCACCUUGUAAUGUCCACAUGAAUGAAUUUUGCUUGAUGCAAAUAAUUUUGUGCAUAUAUGUUAUUGUAGACCAUAUUAUUUUCUCUCUCUCUCUCUUGUACAUUUUUUACAUGUUUAAGUGUAUAACUUGAAAAAUGCUUCACAUAUGUAAUCUAGAAAGUUGACUUAAACCGGAUACAAAUGUAUAUUCCGAGC